CUGAGGGGCCGCGGCUGCCAGUGCCGAGCCCGCCGAGCCGCCGGCAACCCGCUGGGGACAGAGGCGGCGGAGAGCGCCGGCCCCGCGGGCAGCGCCCGCCGCAGCACCGUUAUUUGGAAGAGAUGCAGAAUUUGCUCCAUGAACAGCUAAAGCAGUAUCAUCUGCCCCAGGAAGGGUUUCCUUCUGAAAUGGGCCCUGCCACAAUGGGGUUGCCAACGCCUAAAACGUUCUGCUCUGCUGCAUAAUCAGAAUGAAAACUCAACAAAUAUGUUAAGAUAUUUCCAGAAAGUGCCUCGAGGAAGCUUCCUUAUGUAGAAAAACCCCACAAGAAACACAGCGUGUGCUUCCUGGCAACUCGUGAAGCAAAGCUGUCACAAUGGCAGAAAACAAGGACAGCAGUGCGAAAAGCGCAGAUGUGAGGCCCAAAAGCAGCCGGAGCAGGAGCGCAGACAGAAAGGAUGGCUAUGUCUGGAGUGGGAAGAAGCUCUCCUGGUCCAAGAAAAGUGAGCAUUGUCCUGAUGCUGAAACAGCAAGCGCUGCAGGAAGGUCGGGGAGUAAUUUAAAGAGCCAAGAGAGGAAGUACAGCUGCUCGUCCAUCGAGCUGGAUCUGGACCGGUCCUGUGGCCACAGGUUUUUAGGGCGGUCUCUCAAACAGAAGCUGCAGGAUGCUGUGGGUCAGUGCUUUCCCAUCAAGAACUGCAGCAGCCGGCACGCCUCCGGACUGCCAUCCAAAAGGAAGAUCCAUAUCAGUGAGCUGAUGCUGGAUAAGUGUCCUUUCCCUCCACGCUCAGAGCUGGCUUUCAGGUGGCACUUGAUCAAAAGGCACACGGCCCCUAUAAGUCCAAAGGCAGAAGAAUGGAUAAUUGCUGAUUUAUCCCAGCACGAGGAAAGGGAGGAUCAGCUGCGAGACGAGGAGAUUGCCAAUGGGGGGAUGGACUCUCCCUCCCAGUCCUGUGACUUCACUGACAGCAGUUCCUCUCGGGGUGACCCGAGGCCUGAGCUGGUGACAGGUAAGGUGGCGAGGAGCAGUAGAGAUGAGAGCGACAUGGACUCCGACGAUGAAGUCAUAACUCUGUGCACAAGUUCUCGGAAACGAAACAAGCCCAAGUGGGAAACAGAUGACGAGCUGCUACGGAUGGAAACGCCCCCGAAAUACCACACCCAGAUUGAUUAUGUCCACUGCCUAGUGCCAGACCUCCUCCAGAUCAAUAACAAUCCCUGCUACUGGGGAGUCAUGGAUAAAUACGCAGCUGAGGCGCUGCUGGAAGGGAAGCCAGAGGGAACGUUUCUGUUGAGAGACUCUGCCCAGGAGGACUAUUUGUUUUCCGUGAGCUUCCGGCGCUACAGUCGCUCCCUCCACGCUCGGAUAGAGCAGUGGAAUCACAACUUCAGCUUUGAUGCCCAUGAUCCCUGUGUCUUCCAUUCCCCUGACAUCACGGGACUCCUAGAACACUACAAAGAUCCAAGUUCCUGUAUGUUCUUUGAACCACUUUUAUCCACUCCCCUGAACAGGACCUUUCCCUUCUCUCUCCAGCAUAUAUGUAGAACGGUCAUUUGCAACUGUACAACUUAUGAUGGUAUUGAUGCACUUCCCAUUCCUCCCUCGGUGAAGCUGUAUCUGAAGGAAUAUCAUUAUAAGUCAAAAGUUAGAGUGCUCAGGAUUGAUGUACCAGAGCAGCAAAGCUAGAAAAUAUUUUUGUGAAAGAAAUUUUCUCCGAACAGACAAUAGUACGUUCAAUCUCUUUUCCUUCUAGGUUUUUUUUUUAAUAGCGACUUGAUUACUUUUUCUUUUUCUGCAUAUUAUUUACCACCCAACUAGUCUCUGUUUAAAUGUACUUUUGAGUCUUCACAGCUCUCUUUUUUAGAAAUUAUAUUCAUUGUGGGCUUUUGGUACCGUCCCUAGGCUAGAGUUUUACAGAAUUCCAGGUAGACUUUCUGGUAUUUCUAUAGAUGGAUAGUCAUUAGAUCUAAAACCCCCUGAAAAUCAGUUUUGAACUUGAUCUGUCUUUUCUAUUGUAGUUGACACGUGUUGCUGACAUGAUUGAAAUAAUGCACUGUUAACUAAAGAUUGACUCAUCUGUAUUUUCUGCAUUUCUUUUAAAAUGAGUGCUCUAGC